GCACAGUUAUUGGGCCAAAAACACUAAAUUAGCAAACUUAAUUCUUUUUAGUCUCACCCUUCAAAGAUUUGACGUAUACCCUGUAUUUCCAAACUCAGAUUUAUAGAUUAAUCACAGAGAACAAUCCCCAAGUGUAUGUUAAUCAAGAUUUGCCCCUGAGCCUGCAUGUUUUCCUGUAGUUUGGUGUUUAUACACACAAUUUAGUGCGGAUUAGAUAAGAAGCGCACGGGUGGGGGUAAAAGCCAUGACGCCUCCAUCCUCUCAGCGUGGCGGCUUCUAUCCGUGAAACUUUUCCCUCAGUUUGUUAUCGUAGGACCCGUGGGUGAGUCUGAGUGACACCGGGAGGUCCACACGAGCUGCGGACUGGAUGUUGCACAGGCUGGGCUCGCAGGAGGGAGGAGGAAGAAGAGGAGAGGAGAAGAGGAGAGGAGCGCUGUUGUUCCGUCAAAAAACAAAGUGAGCCUGUCGAGCGCAGUCAGCCAGUCAGUGAGCGUAUUGUUGAAAACGGGAGCGCCGCGGCUGCAUUCCGCAGAAGAAGUUGCUGGCUGUCCUAUCACCCAGAAAAGUUAUCAGCAAACUUUUGGGAUUUUUUUUUUUAUUAUUGGUAUUGGUUUCAUUUUUUGAUUUUAUGAGAGGAGGAAAGCGAGGGACAAGAAGGUGAAACUGCGAGGGAAUGGAGAAGCACAAAGUGCUGGACCAGCUCCUGAUGGAGCUCCACCGCUUCCUACUCAUCCUGGACAAGGAGACCCUGAGUGGGAAUGCCACUAUUCAAAAAGACUUCCUCUCCAAUCUCCUCCAGUCCUACAGAGCCUCCAACGGUGCUGAUGAAGAGUAUAUCUACAUGAACAAAGUUAUUGUUUGUGGGAAGGACAAAGAUGACAAAGAUGACAGAUCAGAUGCCCUGGUCAAUGGAAAAGCAGCAAAAUCUGUCCCUGUCCCACAGAAGAGCCUCCCUGAUCUGCCACCCCCCAGAGCAGGCGUGGUGAGUCGGGAGCCCUUUCCCUUACCUGUUCCUGCUCCAGCCUGUGUAGACACCUCAGAGAGUUACUAUGAGGAAGCUCAGCCCUAUGGGGAAACUUUUAAUGAUGAUGGGGAGGCAGUUAGCAGUUCAUACGAGUCCUACGAUGAGGAGGAGGUCACCAGAGAAAAGUCACCAUCGGCGCAGCACCGGUGGCCGUCAGCGGAGGCAUCCAUUGAGCUGAUGAGGGACGCGAAGAUCUGUGCCUUCCUGUGGAGGAAGAAGUGGCUCGGCCAGUGGGCCAAACAGCUGUGUGUCAUCAAAGAUCAUCGCCUGCUGUGCUAUAAGAGCUCCAAGGAGCAGACGCCUCUGCUGGAUGUGAGUCUGCUGGGCUGCAGUGUGGUUUACAAGGAGAAGCAGCUGAAGAGAAAAGAGCACAAACUGAAGAUCAUUCCAGUGGGAGGGGAGGCCAUCGUGCUGGCUCUGCAGAGCAAGGAGCAGACAGAGCUGUGGCUGAGGGUGAUCCAGGAGAUCAGUCCCAAGCCAGCUGAAAACUGUGACCCCCAGCUGUCUGACUCCCCAAGGCUCAUUUGUACAAAGGGAGAGUUGAGUGAGAGACACUCGGUGGCUUCAGAGAGCGGCAGCAGCACUGACAGCCAUGCUGAGACUCCCGAAAACAAAGAUGUGAAGAAAAAAUAUGGUGCCGGUUUGAAGUUCAGCAAUCUUAUGAACAUUGGCAAGAAGAAAUCCUCUACGUUAGAGAGCCCAGAGAAAUGUGUGGACACCUCAGGCUACCUCAACGUGUUGGUAAACAGGCAAUGGCGAACCUGCUGGUGUCUAAUCAAGAACGGGCAACUAUGGUUUUACCAGGACAAGGGCAAGAAAGUGAGCCAGCCAGCUGUGACCCUGGGGGGCUGCAAUAUUUUACCCGACCCCAGCCCGGAGCAUCUGUACUCCUUUAGGAUUGACAUGGACGGCACACAGCUGGCCACCCUUGAGGCUAAGACGUCUGCAGACAUGGGCCAUUGGCUGGGCCUCUUGCUGUCACAGACAGGGUCCAAGACGGACCCCGAGGAGCUGACGUACGACUACGUCAACGCUGAGAGGAUCUCCAGCAUCGUCGCUGCUGCCAAGACUUCCUUAUACUUGAUGCAGAGGAGGUAUUCAGAGCCAAACACCUACAUAGACACGCUGCCCUCCAUCCCGCAUGACUCUGAAGACCUGUACGAUGACGUGGCGUCUAUAGCUGAUCCAGACGAUGCUGAGGUGAGGGGCCUGCCAGACAGCGAGGACAACAAUCUGCAGGAACAUAAUGAAACAUGCACAGAGAACACCACAGACUUAGCGGGAACAGAAGAAGAUGCUGAAAACAGGAUUUACCUGGACCUGGUCCCUGUACGCUCUUUCCUCCAUACAUCCCCUGGGGGCAAAGCCUCCCCUGCUAAAGAUACUUCUAGACACUCCCCUGUCCCAGUAGAGGACCAGAAGGACACCUCAUGUCAAGUAAAAGAGGUCAUUUCAACCAACUUUACUGAGCCUGACUCAGCACCUGCGUUUGAUGGAACGAGCUCAACCUCUGCGACCAGCAAACCAGAUCACGAGCGCCCGCUGACUCCCACUCCAACGCAGCCACAAACUCAACCAAUAAAGACCUCAUCCCAAAGCCAGGAGACCCCAAAGAGGAGCAGCCUGGGGAUCCCACAGGCCUUCAACUCCUCCGGGCCACAGAUCAAUAAAGGCCCAGUGGUUCAGACCGCUGCUCACAGUCCUCAACCCCUGCGGCCCAAAUCGCAUACCAUAGGGACUCCUGGAGCAGUUGAAGGGAAACUGGGGAAGAACCGCACAGAAGCAGACAUGCGCCGCUACAUUGACGAGCGCGAUCGCCUGGAGAAAGAGAGGGAGGAGGUGAGGAGCUGUCUGGCGAACCUGAAGAAGGAGAGGAGGGAAAUCAAAGAGGAACUCAGCGCCGGCAAAGCUUCCAAUCAGCAGGCCUCAUUAGAAGCACUUUUGAAGCAGAAGGAGGAGGCGUGUCGGGAGGCGGAACACCGCAGGGUGGAGGUGGAGCUACGAUUGGUAGAAGUUAAGGAGAGUCUGAAGAAGGUGGAGUCUGGGCCUUUCACACUGGGAACCACACUGGACAGCAGCCUCCAGGACACGUCCACGCCUAAAACAACAACCCUGCCUGUUCCCCAGACAUCAUCAUCAUCACCUUCACCUUCAUCAACAUCGACAUCGACAUUAUCAUCAUCAUCAUUCCAACCCUCCAACAGCAACGUCAGCGCUGACUCACCGGUCAACUCUGCAUCUGCACUGAAGAGCAGACCUGCCUCCAUUAUAGGCAUCAAAAGCAACGUCCUGCAGAAAGCUAAGGAGUGGGAGAAGAUCCACCACCUAGAAGACAACCUGAAUGCCCUUUGACCAGACAGUUAAAUCAACAUCCUCCCUUCUCUCUCUCUGUCUCUCUCUGGAUGUUUUCACCCUCAUCGCCUCCUAGCCAAGACUAUAAAGAGCCAAUCAGGGAGACGUCGUCUUCUCGAAUGCCACUGGAUAAUCUUAAGUUUCACGUUCUUCUUACUGCGGUAGUAUUCUUCUUACUACUGACUUCUCAAUGUGUUUUUUUUUCCCCUCCAUUUGCCAAAGUGAUGAAAUUGAUGUCGGUAGCAUUACGACCUGUCUGACAGUAUGGUCCUGAUAAUGAUGAACAAACAGCAUGUUUAAACAUUGAAAGCAGGAAAACAUUGGAAACCACAGAAGACAAAAGACACCCCUCGACAAAACCGGCCACUUUGUACACUCUAGAUUGUAGCUUGGUUCAUAUAUGCUGGUAGCCAAGAUGUAAAUAUAUUUACACCAUUAUUCAGCCUUUUGGCUUGUAUUGCUAGCUAAACAUGCACUUUUUAUUCAAAUAAAAAAAAAUGUACUGACAACAA